UAACGCCCACCACCAGUACUAUACACACAAACGUAAUAAGAGUCUGGAAAAGAAAAUCAUUUUGGAUCCUUUGAGAGAUGAAGCUAGUGAGGUUUUUGAUGAAACUAAAUCAUGAAACUGUCACUAUAGAGCUGAAGAAUGGUACUGUAGUACAUGGGACAGUUGCUGGUGUUGAUAUGAGUAUGAACACUCACUUAAAGUCGGUCAAAUUGACACUGAAAGGUAGAGAGCCCCUGGCACUGGACACACUGAGUCUAAGAGGAAACAACAUCAGAUACUAUAUUUUACCUGAGAGUGUCCCUCUGGAUACAUUGCUGGUUGAUGAUACUACAAGAAGAAAAACUAAAAAGAAAGAAGUUGCUUUGGGACGUGGUAGAGGAAGAGGAAGAGGUAGGGGGCGUGGCAGGGGACGUGGUGCUCCAAGAGGACGACGAUGAAGGAACUUUUAAUUAAUUUUAAUUAAAACAGUGUAACCAUUCAUGUACAUGUAUGCACCAAUUAUUGAUGAUGAUUGAGAGAAU